AAGCAGAGUGCGCAGAAGCUGCCUCGAUUUCAUACUUGUCAUCGCACUUCCACUAGGGAUGGUUCGUCGAUCAGGCCAUCUUCUGUGAGGAAGAGCGGCUCGUGGUCAACCGAUUCAGCCAUGAUUGGGAUGAGAUCUCCAUGAGGCUUGCCUUUUGUCUUUGAGGGGCAGCAGAGCUGUAUUUUUCAGUUAUGGGCGUAAUAUGUGCAAGGCAAGCUUUUGAACACUGCAU